CAGUGGGCGGGCCCGGGGGCGCGGUUGGGGCGGGGCCAGAGCCUUUCCCGGCGGGGGAGGGCCCUGCCGGGAGCACUUGAAUGAAGAGUGGGCUGCCGACGCCUCCACAGCUCCCGGAGCAGCGCGGCGGCCGGACCGGGACGAACCGACCGGCCCCUGGAGGACAGCCGCCGCUGCCGCCGCCUGGACAGAGAUGCCGCAGCACGCGAUGGGGGACAAGCCCUUCGCCUCCUUGCCGCAGCUGGUCUUCCCCGGCGCCCCUGCGGCCCUGGACGACGGGGGCGACAGCACCCCCCCCAGCCGGCAGGCGUCCCUGGGCUCGCCCCUGAGCCUGGGUGCCCUGCAUCCGGCCUCCCAUGGCCCCCAGGACUCCUCCGUCCAGCCCCUGUGCCAGCCCACGGCCCAGAAGCCCGGCGGCCAGGUGGCCCGCGCCGCGCGGUACGCGUCGGUGGGGCCGCAGAGCUCGGAGUGCGGCUGGCGGCACUUUGCCCCCGCGUGCCUGCAGGCCCUCAACACGCCGAGGGUCUUCCUGCUGUUCCUGUGCGCGGCCUCCUUCCUGCAGGGCAUGACCGUCAACGGCUUCGUCAACACCGUCAUCACCUCCAUCGAGCGCCGCUUCGACCUGCACAGCUACCAGAGCGGCCUGGUGGCCAGCUCCUACGACCUGGCCUCCUGCCUCUGCCUGGCCUUCGUCGGCUACUUCGGCGGCAGUGGGCACAAGCCACGCUGGCUGGGCUGGGGCGUGCUGCUCAUGGGCCUGGGCUCGCUGGUGUUCGCGCUGCCCCACUUCGCCGCUGGCCCCCACGCGGCCGAGGGGGACCCGGGCCUCGGCACCUGCCCAGCCAACCGCAGCGGCCCGGCGUGUGGGGGCCGGGCCGCAGGCCCGUCCGGCUACCAGCUGGUCUUCGUGCUGGGCCAGUUCCUGCAUGGUGUGGGUGCCACGCCGCUGUACACGCUGGGCGUCACCUACCUGGACGAGAACGUUAAGUCCAGCUACGCGCCCGUCUACAUCGCCAUCUUCUACACGGCGGCCAUCCUCGGCCCCGCGGCCGGCUACCUGAUCGGAGGCGCCCUGCUGAACGUCUACACGGAAAUCGGCCGACGGACCGAGCUGACCCCCGAGAGCCCGCUGUGGGUCGGCGCCUGGUGGGUGGGCUUCCUGGGCGCCGGGGCCGCCGCCUUCCUGGUCGCGGUCCCCAUCCUGGCCUACCCGCGGCAGCUGCCAGGCUCCCAGAGCUACGUGGUCGUGAGGGCCUCUGAGACGCAGCAGCUGAAGGGCGGCGGCGACGAGGCGGCCAGCAGCCCCGACUUCGGGAAGACCCUCCGAGACCUGCCUCUCUCCGUGUGGCUCCUCCUGAAGAACCCCACGUUCGUCCUGCUCUGCCUGGCCGGCGCCACCGAGGCCACGCUCGUCGCCAGCAUGUCCACCUUUGGCCCCAAGUUCCUCGAGUCCCAGUUCAGCCUGAGCUCCUCUGAGGCCGCCACCUUGUUCGGGUACCUGGUGGUGCCGGCGGGCGGCGGCGGCACCUUCCUGGGCGGCUUCUUCGUGAACAGGCUGAGGCUGCGCGGCUCCAGCGUCAUCAGGUUCUGUCUGGCCUGCACCCUGACCAGCCUGCUGGCCACCUUGGUCUUCUUCGCGCACUGCCCCAACGUGCCGGUGGCCGGCGUGACGGCCCACUACAACGGCAGCGCCGCACCCGCGGGCCACCUGGAGCUGGCGGCCGCCUGCAACGCCAACUGCAGCUGCCGGCCCGAGCACUACAGCCCCGUGUGCGGCUCCGACGGGCUCACGUACUACUCCCCGUGCCAUGCGGGGUGCCAGGAGGAGACCCCGGCCGGCCCCGGCGGCCAGAAGGUGUACUGGCACUGUGGGUGUGCCCUUCAGAACCUGCCCUCCGGCCCCGGGCACGCCACCGCGGGGAAGUGCGCCUCCGCCUGCCGCAGCAAGCCCCUGCUGCUGGUCCUCAUGUUCGUGGUCAUCAUCUUCACCUUCCUCAGCAGCAUCCCCGCGCUGACCGCCACGCUCCGGUGCGUCCGUGACCAGCAGGGGUCCUUUGCGCUGGGAAUCCAGUGGAUCGUGGUUAGAACUCUAGGGAGCAUCCCGGGGCCCAUCGCCUUCGGCUGGGUGAUCGACAAGGCCUGCCUGCUGUGGCAGAGCCCCUGCGGCCGGCAGGGCUCCUGCUUCCUCUACCAGAACGCCGCCAUGAGCCGCUACAUGCUCAUCGCCGGGCUGGCGUACAAGGGAGCUGGCCCCCGGUGUUCUUCUGUGUGUGUGUCCUGUGGUCCCCUCCCCCCUCCCGCCCGGAGCAGCAGGCUGGAACCCCGGCCGAUGACCCUGUGACCUCUGCACAGCCAGCCUGCAUCGCCCGCUAGUUCCAGCAGGGGGCGCAGGCGGGCGUGCCCCUGAGUCCCUGGACUCCGGAGUGGCCCAGGCCUGGCAUCCCCCCAGAGAGGCUGCAGGGGGAGCCGGUGGGCGUUUCUGCUGGAACCUGCGUUUCCGGGGUGCACGGGUGCCUACAGAGGCUGGCGUGGGCGCCGCGCUCCGGUUUUCCGGGCCGCAUCCCGUUCGGUGGGGAGCACCAGGCUCACCAGCUCUGGGUCCGGUUACUGAGCCACCAUAACCAAGGCCUCCGCACCGGGCCGCUUAAAACGACAGGAAUUGAUGGCCAGUUCUGGAGGCCAGAAUCCAAGGUCAAGGUGCCGCAGGGCCGGUUUCUUCUGGGGGCUCUGAGGGAGGAUCCAUCCAGGGCCUGUCCCCCAACCUCUGGGGGCUGCCGGCCACCCGGAGCUGGAAGACCCAUCACCCCAUCUCCGCCUCCAUGGUCACAGGGUCCCCUCUGUGCUUCCGUGUCGAACCUCUGUCCCCUCCCUCCUGCACGGACACCAGCCCCUGGACCGGGGACCCCCGGCCAGCAUGCACUGGUCUCAAGUUCCUUCACUGCUCCUGUGGGGCCCUGUUUCCAAACACAGGUCCCGGUCCCAGGUUCCGGGGAGCAGGACUGGGACACAGCUUUGGGGGCACAGUGCUCAGCACCCCUCCUUCCCCGCUGCCUCUGCUUCUAGUCAAAUGGCGUUUUUGUUCCUCGGCUAAGAGUGUUGGUGUCCACAUGGGGGGGCUGGCCGCGCUGGGGGCCUCUCGCCGCGGCGGCCAGGCGUCCUCGGAACCCCCAGAGGAGCCGGUCUGGGCGGGGCGGGCCCCCCGGGCGGGCAGCUCCACGGCUCCAGCAGGGCCUUUCCCCCCAGGCUCUGGGCUUCCUCUUCUUCGCCGCUGCGUACGCCCUGUACAGGCCCCCGUCGGGGCCCUCCCACGGCCUGGAAGUGUCUCUGCCCAGCCAGUCCUCGGCCUCCGACAGCCCCUCGGACCUCCAGGCCGCCCCCUCGG